AUGGCCCCAUCGCGCGCCGCCCCUACCGGCCCUGUCGCCCUACCCUCGCGACCCCGCGGCCCCACCCACACGGUGCCGGCCGCCACCCUUCGUGGCCCCGCUGCCACCCUUAGCGGCCUCGUCGCCGCCCCACCCGGCCCUGCCACCGUCCCUUCAGCGUCUCUGCCGCCCUUCACGGCCCCGCCGUCACCACCGAGCCGCCGUUGCCGCUGUGCCGCCGAGCCGCCGUUGCCGCUGUACCGCCGAGCCGCCGUUGCCGCUGUACCGCCGAGCCGCCGUUGCCGCCGAGCCGCCGAGCCACCGUUGCCGCCGAGCCGCCGUAGCCGCCGAGCCGCCAUUGCUGCCGUUGCCGCCGAGCCGCCCGAGCCGCUCUGUCCGCUCCGCCCGGUCAGUGCCGUCGCGGCCCUGUUCCUGCCAACGAGCCUCGGUCCUUCUCACCUGCCCGGUAAGAGCAGCGCCUCUACCACUGCACUGCCCUUAGAUACUGCUGUCAUGGCUACCCCUAGUGUCCUCACUUUUGACGCUGAGGGUCGGGCCAUUGACUUUGACGUCUGGGUAGAUGACCUGCAGCUUUACCUAAAGUGCGAUAGGGCAGACGGUCUCUCCCUCUUUGACCUCACUUCUGGUGCCUCUCCUGCCCCUGCUGCUGAUGCUGACGCCACUGUUCGCUCACAGUGGGCCACACACAAUGCUGCUGCACGUCUUGCUGUGCGUCGCCACUUGCCUACCUCUGAGCGUGCACACUUUAGCCAGUACAAGACUGCUAGGACCUUGUACGACGCUGUAGUUGCACGCUACUCUUCCCCUGCCACUGCUGCACUUAGCUGCCUCAUCCUGCCGUACCUCUUCCCUGACCUCGCCGCUUUUCCCACAGUCGCUGACCUCAUUAUGCACCUUCGCACUAGUGACAUUCGUUACCGCGCUGCCCUUCCCGCUUAG